AUGGCGAGUGCGGCUCCCAGUGGUAGCGAGGCUCCAGGGGAGUUGACCUGCCCCAUCUGCCUAGACGUCUUCCGCUGCCCCUGCACGCUCAGCUGCGGUCACUCGUUCUGCCUCAAGUGCGUGGAGGACGCCUGGAAUGCGGCAGAGUCCUUCUCCUGCCCGCAGUGCCGAAUGACUUUCCCUCGGAGGCCCAAGCUGAGCAAGAACGUGACGCUCACCAGCCUCAUCGAGCAGCUGCGAGUGACUGAGCCCAUGGAUGCCGAUGCUGCUGCUUCUGCUGUUUGCUGCGACCAUUGCAGGAAGCCCGCAGUGAAGACUUGCCUCAAGUGUGAUACGUCGUUCUGUAUGACCCACGUCGUGCCCCACCAGAAGUUGGAAAAGUUUAGUGACCACGUCCUGGUGUCGCCCGGUGUGAACCUGGAGAAUCGACGGUGCGCAGAGCACGGAGACGAGUACCGCUUCUACUGCGUUAACGAUGGACGCCUCGUCUGCAGGGAUUGCACCGUCACUGUGGAUCAUCGAGGGCACAAACUUGUCACUCUGAAGGUGGAGCACGACAAAAGAAAGAAACAAGUGGGAGAGGAGACGCGGGCAGUGGAGGAGAAAAGGAAGGAGGCGGAGGAGUCCGUGAGGCGGAUGGAGGCCGAUCGUAGGGAUGUGCAGGGAUCAAUGACAGAUGAAAAGGCCUCAAUCUCGGUCAGAUUCACCCGCGCGAGAGCAGCGUUGGAUGUGGAGGAGAAGGCGGCUUUUGAGCAAGCGGAGCAGAAAGGGCGCGAGCUGCUGACCCAGAUCGAGAAGAAGAUCGCUCGCUACCAGCGCGAGAUCAGCGAGCUCCAGACAGCAGCCACUCGCCUGAAGGCCCUAGCACAGGAGAGGGACUCGCUCGCAUUCCUGCAGGGCCACCUGAAGGAGACGCACAGAAUCGGGCUUCACCUGCACUGGGAGGAGGGGCUCCUGGCGUUUUACCGCGCCGACUCCAUGGAGGUGAUCCACGAGGUUCGGCAGAGAUUCUCGCAGCCUCUCUACCCUGCGAUGCUGGAGUUCAAGAGCGGAGAGGCCUGGGGUCUUCCUCCAUUCACCCUCUAG